CAAUCUUUUUUAAACUAUCAACGAACAAAUGUGAAAACUAUAGUUACUACCAUAAAAUAUUUUUUUAAUACAUAAAUUCUUGCACAAGAUGUAUUGUAAGAGAUUAGCGAAAUAAGCCUGUUGGAAAAUAUUGCUUGCCAAUUUGGUAGGAAAAAGAUCCUGACGUAAGGAAAGCACUGUACCUUUCACCGUAGUUAUCAGUAUUUAUUAAAUAUCAUGGAAAUAUUUGUGUAAAUCGUAAACAAUAUCUCGUUAACAAAUCGCGCAUUGAAAAUUACACUUGAGUUGAAAUGAAAUCCGACUCUGACGCGCAAAGAGGUCUGUCGAAAUCUUAAAGACUUUUGAACCGAUCUUAAAGUUAUUUUUUAUGUAUCAAUUUAGUUAAAAAGUGCUUGCGCUCAAGGAGGAACACGCAGAACAUAAUCAAUGUGGGUGGCGGUUGGAUGUGGGAGGGGUAGGAUAAUUGGAACGGGUGGAACACUGAAGUGUCAAAUACUUGCACCGUGUUCGUUUUUAUUUCAUCAUGUAUUUUUGGAGAAUAGUUGUUGAUCCGUGAGGGAAAAUGAAAUCUCCUACGAGUGUAUGUUUCAUCGAAACUAUUCUUUAUACGCUGUUUGGUCGUAUUGGCAUGUAGAUAUCUUCAAUUCAUAACCUCGAAAUUUGUUCUUCGAAAAUCAUUGUGAUAUGUAGUUUUUGUAUUCUUAUUUACUGACAAUAUAUCUCAAUUAUUUAUUGACAUGUCCAGUAAAACGAGUUUUUUAGUUAACCCUUAUAGACCAUUUUUUCUUGCUUUAUUUGUUGUACUGCUUCUGUCUUUUUCGAUUAUCAUAGUAGUUCACUACCUUCCUCUUGGUUUGUAUGAGGGUCAUAAAAGAGUUCAUGAACAUGUUUCUCUUAGCAAUAUUGAUAGACUUGAAGAAAUACUUGUAUCAGACACUUUAGUGCCAAAAAUUAGAAAUCCACGAUGCAGUUAUUUUGAUUGCUUUAAUGUGUAUCGUUGUGGUUAUAAAGGAAAUGAUCAUAUAUUAGUUUAUGUCUAUCCCUUGAAGAAGUACGUUGAUGAAAAAGAUAUACCUGUUGUUAGUCAAAUGAGCCAAGAAUUUUACUUCAUUCUUAAAAGUAUUAUAGAGAGCAAAUAUUAUACUCCUAAUCCAGAUGAAGCUUGUAUCUUAAUACCAUCCAUUGAUACUCUCAAUCAGAACCGAUUUAGAUCUCUACAGACUUCACAAGCAUUAGCAUCUUUACCAUUUUGGUUUAAUGGAGAAAACCAUCUUAUAUUCAAUAUGGUACCAGGAUCUGCACCUGAUUAUAAUACUGUUGUGGAUUUGUCUUCUGGUAAAGCAAUGAUUGCUGGUGCAGGAUUUUCCACGUGGACCUACAGAGUUGGAUUUGAUGUGUCUUUUCCAAUGUACAGUCCUGUUGUAAAUCAUUUGUUUGAGUUGCAAAAUAAACCUUUGAAAUCGUGGCUCUUGACAAGUUCUCAGACAAAUUUACAUCAAGAAUAUAUGCAAGUUUUACAGCGCUUAGCUGAUGAACAUCCUGAUAUGUUGCUAAUGGAGAGCUGUAAUGGUGAAUUAUCUGGAAAUUAUUCUGUGCGUUGUCGUGGACAUGAAGUGUACCAAUAUCCUCAUAUAUUGCAAUAUUCAAAAUUUUGCCUCAUUGUUCGAGGUAUUCGAUUAGCGCAGCCAACUUUGCUGGAAGCAAUGGCAGCUGGGUGUAUUCCUGUCAUUUGUGCUGAUUCUAUUGUUAUGCCUUUUCAAGAUGUUUUAGAUUGGAGGAGAGCUGCUGUAUUUGUGGCAGAAGAUGAUCUAGGAGGUGUAAUUGAUGUGCUGACUAGUUUAUCUGAUGACCAUAUCCUAGAAUUACAGGUUCAAGUUGAGUGGUUUUACAAGCAAUAUUUUUCAUCCAUUAAAACUAUCACCAUGACUACUCUUGAAAUAUUGAAUGGGCGUGUUUUUCCUCAACAUUCUCGAACAUAUGAAGAAUGGAACAUGCCACCAAAUCCAUUGGCCACUAAAUCACCAUUGUUUCUUCAGCUGACAGCACCUAAAUCACAAGGGUUUACCGCCGUUGUAUUAACAUAUGAUCGUGUGGAAAGCCUUUUUACUCUCAUUCAAAAGUUAGUUAAAGCUCCAAGUUUAAGUAAGGUGCUUGUAGUUUGGAAUAACCAAAGAAAAGUUCCUCCUCAUCCUUCAAUGUGGCCAAAAAUCAAUAAACCAUUGAAGGUUAUUCAGACCAAGGAAAAUAAACUUUCCAAUCGCUUUUAUCCCUAUGAAGAAAUAGAGACUGAAGCCAUUUUGACCAUUGAUGAUGAUAUUGUAAUGCUUACUGCAGAUGAAUUGGAAUUUGGCUAUGAGGAAGAUAGAUUGGAAGAUAAAGGCAUAUCUCCGUAUCUCUCAACAUACAAGUGUGUGUAUUUGCAUGAUCAAGUUUGGCGUGAAUUUCCUGAUAGAAUUGUUGGUUUUCCAUCCCGUACUCAUGUAUGGGAUAAUAUUACUUUAAAAUGGAAGUAUGAAUCAGAAUGGACAAAUCAAAUAUCUAUGGUGCUAACUGGAGCAGCAUUCCACCACAAGUACUGGAGUUAUCUUUACACUACAUCCAUGCCAGGAAAUAUUAAAGAGUGGGUUGAUGAUCAUAUGAAUUGUGAAGAUAUUGCAAUGAACUUUUUAGUUGCCAAUAUUACUAACAAAGCUCCUAUAAAGGUUACUCCACGGAAGAAGUUCAAAUGCCCUAAAUGCGUCAAUACAGAAAUGUUAUCAGCUGAUAUUAAUCAUAUGAUGGAACGUUCAUUAUGCAUUGAUCGAUUUGCUGCUCUCUAUGGUACAAUGCCUUUACAAACUGUAGAAUUUCGGGCUGAUCCAGUGCUUUACAAAGAUAAUUUUCCAGAAAAGCUAAAAAGAUUCAAUGAUAUUGGAAGUUUGUAGAAAUCCUUUUAGAAAUAUUAAUCAUAAAAGUUCUUCUUUGUUCAUUGUUUUCUGUGAUCUUGUAUAUGCAAAGAUUUAUAUUAUUUUAAUUAUUAAAAGAUUAUAUUUUACAUUUUAUAAAUGUAUUAAAAUAUAGGUAAUUAAAUAUUAAACAUUUUUAGCAAAAAUA